AUGAGAUGUCCAGCAACAACAAUUCUCAACAACCAGAGAAUCAUGGAUCUCAUUUCAGGCCACUAUAAUUAUAAGAAUGAUGACAAUUCCGAAAAACAUGUUUGGUUCACAAAUGAAGUUGUAAAUAAAUUGAAUGAUGUUGUAAUUGUUUGCCAAGAAGAAACAAGUAAAAUUAUAACAGUUAAUGCAGCUUUCGAAGAAUUAUUCGGCAUCAAACAACAGGAUAUUGAAAACACUCCAAUCAAAGAUUUCUUUACAGAAGAAAGAUUCAAAUAUGAUGAAAAUAUAGACAGAGUUUUCACAAAAACAACAGAUUUAGUUUUUCUCAACAAGUCAGGGAAUAAUGUUUAUUUGGAGUUUUCAACAUCAGCGAUAUCAGGAAGAAGAAUUUAUUCAGGAAGAGAUCAAACACAAAUUGUUAUGCAUGAAAAGCUUAUUGUUGAUGAGAGGAAGAAAUCAGAUGCUAUGCUAUCAAGUAUUUUACCACCAAUGUUAGUUCCAAGAUUUCAAGCUGGAGAAAAGAAUAUUUCUUUCAGUGUACAAAGUGCAACAGUUUUAUUCUUGGAUGUUGUUGAAUUCACGCCAUGGUGUGGUUCUCAUGAUGCUCAAUAUGUCAUGAGAAUGUUAAACAUCAUGUUCAAAGAAUUCGAUGCGAUAACAAAUGCCCAUAAAACAAUGACGAAGAUUAAAUGCAUUGGUGAUUGUUAUAUGGCUGCUGGUGGUAUAUUUGAUGAAGUAAAUCAACCAGCUGUUCAUGCAAAAGAAGUUGUUGAUUUUGGAACAUUAGUUAUUAAGAAACUCUUAGAGAUCGAUGAAAGAGAAAACGAGAAUUUAAGAAUAAGAGUUGGAGUGAACACUGGCGGUCCAAUCGUUGCUGGUGUCAUCGGAACAGAAAAACCAACAUUUGAAAUAUUAGGACCUGCAAUUAACAUUGCACAUGAGAUGGAAAACAAAGGAGUACCAAUGAAAGUUCAUAUUUCUAGACCUGUCUAUGAAUUAAUCUACGGUCAAAACUUCGAUAUUAAAGAAAGAGGUGAAAUCGAUGUAAAAGGAGGAAAAAUGUUCACAUAUAUUGUAGAACCAUGA